GAGAGAGGGAGGAGGGAGCAGGGGGCUGAGCUGAUCCCACGUGUGACGCUUUCAUUCCCGGCUCAGUAAUAUUCUCAUAGCGGGGCUUUGCAUAUCUCCUGCCGUAUCUGUGCGUGUCUGUCACUGUUACUGUAGUCCCAGCCUAUAGUUUGGAAUAGAUAUGGAAGGAGACGGGAGUCAAGCCACAUCCGGAAGCCUAAAUGAUUCACAACAUGACCCGGGUAAAAUGUUUAUCGGUGGCCUCAGCUGGCAAACCUCACCAGACAGCCUUAGAGACUAUUUUAGUAAAUUCGGAGAAAUAAGAGAAUGUAUGGUGAUGAGAGACCCCACGACAAAACGUUCAAGAGGAUUUGGGUUUGUUACAUUUACAGAUGCUGCCAGUGUAGAUAAAGUCUUAGCUCAACAACACCACGAAUUAGACUCAAAGACGAUUGAUCCUAAGGUUGCCUUUCCCCGUCGCGCCCAGCCUAAGAUGGUCACAAGAACAAAGAAAAUAUUUGUGGGUGGCUUGUCAGCCAAUACAGUAGUGGAAGACGUGAAGCAGUAUUUUGAACAGUUUGGGAAGGUUGAUGAUGCCAUGCUUAUGUUUGAUAAGACUACUAACAGACAUAGAGGAUUUGGUUUCAUAACAUUUGACAGUGAAGACAUCGUAGAGAAAGUCUGUGAAAUUCAUUUUCAUGAAAUCAAUAACAAAAUGGUAGAAUGUAAGAAGGCCCAGCCCAAGGAGGUGAUGUUCCCACCAGGUACACGGGGGCGAGCCAGGGGUCUGCCCUACACCAUGGAUGCCUUCAUGCUGGGGAUGGGCAUGCUAAGUUACCCUAAUAUUGUGGCAACGUAUGGUCGCGGAUACACUGGAUUCGCGCCCAGCUACAGCUACCAGUUCCCUGGCUUCCCAGCGACAGCAUAUGGACCGGUGGCGGCGGCGGCAGUAGCGGCAGCGCGUGGCUCAGGUAGGGGGGCCCGUGGAAGAGGCGGCUACUUGGCGUACCCACAGAGCACAGGGCCAGGCCUCCCCGAUUAUGGGUUUUACUCUGCGCCCAGUGACCAGAGGGGGGGGCCCUGCUCCUUUGCUGACUAUGGCUCCCUGGGGCCCCAAGCGGCUCAGAUGCUGCACAGUGAGCAUGCCACCUCCGCCUGCAACUCCCCCCUACAGCACCUACACAGCCCGGAUCAAUUUAAGAACCCAGGUGCCAACCCGUCAAGGCCCGGAGGUUUCCCCGGCGCUAAUAGUCCAGGGCCUGUGGCUGACCUAUAUGGACCUAGCAGCCAGGAUUCAGCUGUGGGCAACUACAUCAGUGCUGCUAGCCCUCAGCCUGGCUCUGGCUUUGGCCCCAGCAUCACAGGCCCGUUGAUUGCGACAGCUUUUACAAAUGGAUACCAUUGAACAGGUGGCCGGUUGCCAUCUCAUCAGAGCAGAGUAUAUCUGGUGGCCCAGGAAAGACAGGACGAAGUUUCUAAUUGGCUUUGUGUGCAGGUGAUGCUAAUCCAACUUCAAGCACUACAGUGUCACCCCGGCAAAACGAACGAAAGUCGGAACCAUAUGAAGAAGAAAAGAAAAUGUUUAUCAUCUCAGAAAAAUAACAACUGCUGUACUAUAAUCCAAACCUCCUAUAACUUUACAACCUGGUUUGGUAUGAUGUUUCAUGUCGAGUUCAUUCACCUACUUUCUUCCUCUGUUAGCUUUUCUUUUGAUUAGCCUUGAGAGAGUCGUUUUAGUUGAACCUUUAAUUUUGUGUCGUUUUUAUUUUAUUUUCUGGUAUUGUUGUGUAAAUCUUUUUUUUUUUUUGCUUUUUUUUUUUUGCUUUUUUUCGUUUGAAGUACGGCGGUCAUAGCCAAGAAUAUCUUCAAAGUCACGUCUUCAUCUUUGUACCGGUGAGUCUAAAAGGAAAAAAGCUCGGGAUGUUUCAUUCAGUCUUUCUGCAAAAAAAAAAGAAAAGAAAGAAAACACAAGAAAAAAAAGCUCAGUGCGGAAAGACUCGGAGAAGAAAAAAAAAACAUUUUAAGGAAAUUUUAAAGAAGGUAUCUAAGUAAUAAAUCUUAGUAGCUGUUUUAUUUCUUGUGAUGUCUCAUUGUUAACCAUAAUUACCUAUUUUUGGGCAAUACAAAGAGGACUCCAAUAUUUUUAUGGUCCUUUUUUAUAAGUGUUGUUUUUGUUGUUUAGAAAUAUAUAUAUAUGCUAUAACAAAUUUCAUAUAACUACAUUGUGAAUUCAAACUUGAGAAAAAGAAAUGUAGCUGUACAUAUUAUUCCAGUCACUGCAUAUAACCAACUCAGUGAGAGAAUAGCAUAUUUUUGUGAUGGUGUGUCAAAAGAACAUGUUAUAGCGUGUGAAUAGAAGACAAAGCUGUAAACAGUUAUUAUUCUACUUUUUUUUUUUCUGCUGGAAGACGGUAUAACAACCCCACACGGAAACAAACACACGAACACACACACGCCUAGCGCACACACACUUGCUCUGUAAAUACUGAAGCUGAAUAAUUUUACAAGUGUCAUACCAGCAAAAUUUACAAGCGGUGAGUCAACACAGUUUUGGAGAAAUAAUAAUAAUAAUCAUUUUAAAAAAUAAAGAGCCUGAUUGGUAUCUUUUUGUCUAACUGUUACAGUAUCAGUAUCAUUUCAAAGAGAAAGUUUAAAAGAAAAAAAAAGAUGAUUAAAUCCAAAGCACACUGUACUUAGAUCUGAAGAUUAGAACUUGAAGCAGGCUCUGCGCAUCCUGACACUUUUCUACUCUUGAGAGGAACUUGUUAGCUGCAAUGUUGAUGUUUGUUUCAUCCUGCACGUUCCCGAUUAGUUCUUUUUCUUUCCUUUGGAACACAACAUCUGGGCUCUGUGCCCGAGUCUUUAUGUAACGCUCGUUGUCCGACUCAGAUCUUUUUCUUUCUUUCUUUUUUUUUUGAGUGAAUUAGGAAAGUAAACGUUUUGAUACCAUACCUCAGCCUUCCUGAGUUCUCUUAUGGAAUCAUUGGCAGGUUUUUUAAUUUAUUCUAGUGGCAAAACAAAUGAAAACACUGAAAGGUAAUUAAGCAAGUAAUCAUUGCACUGUGAGUUGUAAAGUACAGGCCAUUUUUUUUCUAUUUGCACAUGUAUAUGUUGGCUUUUUUUAAAAAAAAAGAAAAAGGAAACUGCCCUGUGCUUUGGGAUAGCAUGAAGGAUUUCGGAGCUGGCGUGUUCUCGACUAGACAAAACACUUGAGCGUUUUGAGGCGAGUUCACAGCGUGGGAAGAAGUAACUGGUUAUGUUGCUGUGUACACAUGGAUUUCUUUAUAGAGUAGACCCAUGUCUCAUCUGACGAUAUUUAAUACGGGGUCAAAAGAUGACACUGAAUAAUUCACUAUCUACCACUGCACCGGGUUUUCCACAGUACGUGUGGUCGAUGGUUUUACUCGUGAUGAUGAUUUAUUAAUAAUAAUCAUAAUAAUAAUAGGCUCCAGUAUGCGUUCAAGUUUUGAAAUUCGAUGCCGCCGCAGAUGCGUUUGCUGUUUUCCUUUUACCCGCGUCUCGUCUCAUUUCUUUUCCUUUUAAAACAACCAGGUAAAGAACUAUGCUGGAUUACUUUUAAAGUAAACGAUAUGGAGGUGUGAUCGAGUAAUAAUUUAAACAGUCAAGAGAAGAAGAAGAAAAAAAAAAACAACUUGUAAUGUUCAAAUGUAAAAGAAAAUAAGAAACACAAAACUAUAAAAAAAGAUGCUUCUUUGCUGAUUUCAAGUUUAAUCAGAGUUUUAUUGAUACUUUGUGGUUUAUAUAUUAAUAAUUGUAAUAUACUAUUAAAAUGUACUGUGCAUCCAUUACUUUCUCUCUUUCCAUUCCCCAUCCUCAGAGAUCCUACGAUAUUUUGUUGCUCAUUCAUGUACUUCAUUAGUGUGUAAAGAAAUCACAGUUAACUUGUAAACAGAGUGCUGUCUUUGAUACCAGUGUAGUGCUCUUUGUUGUUCUCCCUUGCUCUACCUCUCCUUUCUCUCAUAUUUAUCCCUCUCCCUCUUGCGCUCUUUUUCUAUCUCCUGUAAUUACAAAGUAGAUGUUAUAGAGGACUCAUUAAUAUAAUACUUGUAGUGAAUAGUGGAUUUAGGACCAGUCGAGAUAUACCUUUCUCUCAACGAUCAUGUUAUUCUGGUAUUUGCAGACAGUUAUUUUGUUAGAGGUUCAUUGUAAUUUUUCCCUGUAUGUUUUUUUUCUUUUCUUUUUUUUUUGGUUUGGUUUUGCCACUCUCACAUGGUUUCAGCUAACCAAAGCUCUCAUGGAUGAACAAUAGAGAAAUAGUUGCUGUAAGAUGGAAUUGUACACAAGGCAUUAUUUGGAUCCCCACCCUUGAAUGUUUUUAAAGGGGUGUGCCAUACUACCUUAAAUGCUAAUGCUAGAUAUGCAAAACUUUUGUGUUUGAUUGUUGCUUUCCUUUUUUUUUUUU